AACUCUUACCAAAUUCUUUAUGUACAGAAAUGAAAAUUGAAAAAGAAAAUCUUAAGUUGUGUCAAAAACCCAGAAAGAAAAAAGAAAAAUCUCUUUUGUUUGUCUUUAAGUCUGUCUCUAUGUCUCUUUCCCAAAUACAAACACAAUCUUUUUUCUUUUCCCUCUGAAGUCAAAUCCCUUAAACUUUACGUUACACCUAUAGCAGUGAUAGCAUUUCUCCUCCAUAUUAACCCAUCAUUGUUUUUCCUUUGCCUCUCAACUUCCCAACGCUAUCUCUUUCUUUUCUUAUCUUUUACAAUGGUGCAAAACCACCACUGUGAAGACCACGAGACAGUCGGAGAGAACAAGGAAAAAAGACCCAAGUUCUUUAUCAAUGACCACGUAGACAUCCUCAUAGAAAUCCUCAAACGCCUCGACGGCCGUUCCCUUUGCGUCGCCGCCAGCGUCUGCCGUCUCUGGUGCACGAUUGCUCGCAAUGACUCCCUCUGGGAAAACCUCUGCUUCCGCCACGUGUCUCCUCCACCUUCCAGCGUCCGUUCCGUGGUUCUUGCCCUGGGCGGCUACAAACGCCUCUACACGGGUUGCGUGAGACCGGUGCGGAGCCGACUUGGACGAAUGAGGAAAGCCUCCUGGUCUCGCGACGAGGUCCAGCUCUCGUUGUCUUUGUUUUGCGUUGAUUAUUACGAAAGGCUUGGUGGAAGUAAUAGCAGCGGGAGGCUCGUCGGGGAAUCGUCACCAUCCUCGCUAAUGUUCCUUUGCAAGCCUGUUAACGUUUGAUUUUUCAUCGUCUUAUCUUACUUUUGUUUUCAAUUUAUUAUACCUUGAAAGUAAAAACUAUCAUAAAAUUCUUUAUAGUUUUUUUUUUUGUUAUAAUUAAUUAUCUAUGAAUUGUUACUAGAUUUGUCACUAAUGAAAAUUCAAUAGG